AUGCGGGCAGCCUUAUGUAUCCUUGAGGUUGGUGUGCUGAGCACGGUCUUACUGUAUCGAGCGACCGGUGAUCAACUGAUACGACCAGGUUACAGAAAUCCUGGCGUAGUGCUGCGGCUGAACGAACGAAGCGUGCAAUCGCUCAAGAAGGAAGUACUCAUGAUAAUAGGCUCAUUACGAGGGCUUCGAAUGAAUGACGUGUUCGAAAAGCCAGUGAAACGAUUGCGCCUGACCAUGCAAAACAUGCAGAUAGUGUCGGUGACACCACCUUCAAAGUUCGACAUCAUGUUCAUUCCAAAUUCCAGAGAUCAGGUACGAAUCGAAAUGGCAGGCCUCGGUUUGACUACCACGGCGGUGGUGUCGACACAGUUUAAGAAUUUCAAGAACAUGUUCGUUACUACGGCUAUGCAAGGACUUAGCCUCAAUCUGCAGUUACGAAUGUAUGCGGACAUCAACGGUCAUAUGCAGGUGUUGAUUGAGAAGUGCAUGGCGAACCUGGCAGACGCCCGGAUAGACAUCGCCCACACCCGACGGGUGCCGACGAAUACCCAAAAGCUUGCCGGUAAGCUUCAGCGGCAAGUGGAAGAAAAGCUGUGUCCGUUCAUCCAAUCGAAGCUUGUGCAGCAAGUGAACAAAUAUCUGGGAAGCAUGAAGAGCAAAACGCGGCUCGUUGAACUGUUUCAGCCCAGAUCAGCUUACGCUCUUGCGCCCCCGAAAACGUCCGUCUUACUGAACACGAUUGCCCUGGAAGACCCGGCUGUUUACUCUUCGUUGGCCAAGCAUACGGUACUGGAUUACAGCAUUAUGCCUGAACCGCAUGUCGUGCAACCGUCGGCGUUGGAAAUCCCCUUGAAAGGUGAAAUUUCGUGGGACGGAAGGGGAGGUACCCCGUUCAUACCUCCGUCAAUCCGAACCGGUCCGUUUUCGUCACAACACAUGGCUGAUUUCAUAUCCACAGACUACCCUAUUAACUCGAUGCUUGCCAAUUACCAUAACCGGAAAAUAUUCGAAUACCGCGUCACUUCUAGCCAUCCUCAUUACGGUAAGUACGUGCGGGACAGUUGCGCGGUGCCAAUGUGCAUUGGCGUCGUCCUGCCGGACAUCGGCAAACGCUAUCCAGGCACUCAGAACGAGAUCUUCGUGAAGACCACGAGUGCCCCUAAAGUGGUCAUCAAAGACGGCGCCGCCCUGGUCUAUAUACCGAUGCAGGUUAGCGUAUGCGCGGUGAAAGGCAGGUCGAUUGUACCCGUGUUGACGAUUGCUAUGAAGCCGGUGCUAAACCUGCACAUUAUUGCCAAAAACCAGAAGCUGUAUGCGAGGAUCACCGAAAAAGACAAGAAUCAAAUUGAGAUGUUUACCGACAUUACCAAGUCGAUCAUUAUCGAAACCAUCCGGCUGGCGUUGAGGGACGGCAUGUCAUUUCGCAUACCGGGCAUGAUCACCGUUCGAAGCAUGACCCCAAGACUGAUCGGUAACUCCCUGGUCGUCGGUCUAAUGACCGAAAUGAACCGUGCGAAGAUCGGUGCGAUGGUGGUAGACAACAUACGAAAACUAACUCAGUACUUCUAA